UCGUAGAAAGAGAGUUAGAGCGAGACCGAGAGUUUGAGCAUGCCUGACAGGUGGAGUCCUCUAUAUCUUGACCUGGAAUGUGAAAUCUGGGGAAGCUAACACAGCUUGCCCUGUUUGUGGACUCUCACGGCCAUUAUGAAGGGACAGGUGGUCUUAGGACACCCUAUGCCAUUUGCCCCAGUGCCCUGGGACUUCAACAAGCCUCCUCCCAAGAGAGGUAAGAGCGUUGAAGAGUUGGUGAGUGAGGGCUGGGAGAAGGAGAGAUGCAUACAAAUGCUGCAUUUUCAACAACAGCAACAACUUCAGCAGCAGUCAGUCAUGUGCCCUCAGGACUUCAGACCUGCACCGGGACACUUGGAGCACCAGGCCUACCUCGGACAAGCCAAUGGGUACCGUCAACAAUGCUGGGAAUAUGAGGACUGGGACAAGGUUCCUUACCGAGAGGUCCCUCCCCAACAGUUCUUCUAUCAGUCCCCAGAAGCAGUGUACCAGGAGCCGAGGAAGCCACAGGAGUGGACCGGCAAUCACUGUUUCUAUCAGCAUCGGGAAGAACUGGAUUACUCUGACCACAGAGACUUUGCACAGAGCCCAAGGAGUAAGGAACGUCCUGACUAUGUGACCCGGUACCACUCUUGGGAAUCAGAUGAGUACUGUGAGGGACGGGAACCUUACAGUCGCAGAGAUCGGUAUGCGUACAGUUUUGACCGUGACAACCAGGACUACUUCGAUAAAGAGCUCGAUAAUUACGGAGAUGGGGACUGCAGGGGCCGGGAUUACUAUGGCCAUAAAGAGCUGGAUAAGUAUGAACGUUAUGACCGCAGAGACAAGCUCUAUGACAGUAAACAUCAAGAACAUUACGACUCCAGAAAAAAGGACCGGUACAGAUAUAGAGAAGCAGACCACUAUGACUCCAGAGACAAUUUCCAGUAUGAGCACUAUGAUCGUAGAGAGAAAGACCAGAGUGAUGACAGAAAUAGGGACCGCUAUGACCGUAGUUACUGUGAGGAAGGCCGUAGGAGAGGUGACAGCUACCAGUAUAGAGACAGGGAUUCAAUCGAGCGAAGAGACUAUGACCGGUAUGUAGAAAGGAAGGGAGAUUACUAUGACUACAAAGAAAAGGAGAAGAUCCGCAGUGACUUUAGAAAAGAUGACUACUGUGACUGUAGAGAAAGAACAGGAGAAAGGGGCUCCUCUAAACUAGAUGACAAGGAAUGGUACGAACGUAAGAAAGGUAACCACUAUGACCUCAAACCGAGAGACCGGUAUGAUUACAGAGAAAAUAGCCAGUCUGAGCAGAGGGAUAGCUUUGAACCUAAAGAAAGAGACUCUUAUCAGUACAGAGAGGGUGAUAAACGUGAUUACAGAGAAAAAGAUGAACAAAACUAUUGGAAAGAUGAACGUUACGAUAGCGGUGUUAAAGACUGCUAUGAAGACAAGAGUUGUGAGAGUGAUCAGUAUAACCAGAAAAGCAGGGAGCGUUACAGAGAUGUAAGGUCAAAUUCCUUAGAACAGAGACAAGAGUCUGACCACAACAGUGGAAGACACUGCAAGGAAUGGGAAAAGGAUGUUUAUCAAAAGCAGACACUGAAGGAGAGACGGUUGCAUGAGGAUCCUGUUAAACUCAGUUAUGACCACAAGGACCAGUACUGUGAUCGCUCGGGUUCAGGAAAAAUGGAUAUGAAAGGUCAAGGCCAGGCAAGGAAGCCUGUCUACGUGGGUUCACUUGACAGGAACAGCUUUUAUAGAAAGACGGCACCCAGCUCUCUCAGGAAGUCAGAGUUUGCCACCAACAGGAAAAAGAAACAAGAGAUGACCCUGCUUGCGUCCCAGCCUAAGUCUCUAGAAUCAUCCCCGGCGUCAGCAACCACCACUGAAGACCCCGAACAAAGGAUGCUGGAGAAAAGGUCAAAGGUCAUUGAGGAGCUUCUGCAGACAGAACAUGACUACAUCAAGGAUCUUCAGAUGUGUGUGAAGGAGAUCAUUCAACCUCUGCAGAAGAAACAGGUCCAGAGUAUUGAUUUUGAUGGUCUCUUUGGAAACAUCAACUCUGUAAUUGACCUUUCCCGUCGACUCUACAAGACCCUCCAGGAUACUGACUCAAUAGGGCAAGUUUUCCUGGACUACAAAGGUGAAUUGGAGGAGGUUUACAAGAUCUAUUGCCAAAAUCAUGACGACGCCAUCUCUUUACUGGAGACCUAUGAAAAGGAUGAGAACAUCCAGAAGCACAUAUUGGAAUGUCUAGAGAAGCUCAGGGGAAAGACAAAUUACAUUAAUCUGGGUUCCUUCUUGAUAAAGCCGGUGCAGAGAGUGAUGCGUUACCCCUUGCUCCUGAUGGAGCUGCUUAACACUACUACUGAGUCACACCACGACAGGAAGCUGCUCGCCGAGGCAGUGAUGUCCAUUAAAGAGAUCAACGUCAAUAUCAACGAAUACAAAAGGAGAAAGGAUCUUGUGGUGAAGUACCGCAAAGGCGAUGAAGACAGACUUAUUGACAAGAUCUCAAAGCUGAGUAUGCACUCCAUCAUCAAGAAGUCUAACAGAGUGAGCAGCCAUUUAAAGCACCUGACUGGGAUCUCACCUCAGAUCAAAGAUGAAGCUUUUGAUGAAGCAGAGAAAAGAUUCAGACUCCAGGAGCGACUCAUCAAAUCCUUCAUCAGGGACAUCUCCCUCUAUCUGCAGCAUAUAAGGGAGUCAGCCUCAGUAAAAGUUCUGUCCGCCAUCAGUUUCUGUGACAUCUACACAGAACGGCAACAGCAUAUGGACCCUGAACGUUUUCAAAGAGCGCAUCGAUGCAUCAGCGACAAUCAGUUCACAGAGUUUAAGGAGAGGACAGAAGCCCUAGUCAUCACUCCCCUCACCCAGCUGCUCAGUAUGUUCGCCGGUCCCCACAAACUAAUCCAGAAACGUAGAGACAAGCUGCUGGACUACGACAACUGUAAGGAGCGUGCAGAGAGGCUGAAGGACAAGCGUGUGCAGGAGGAACUGCAGACGGCGAGAAAUAACUACGAAGCUCUGAACGCCCAGCUGCUGGAUGAGCUGCCCAAGUUCCACCGCGCAGCCGAAGAUCUGUUCACCAGCUGCGUAAGGGGCUUCACCCAGGCCCAGAGAGAUUUCAUUGCACUCACGCUGGGAGAGCUCACUCCACUGCUGCAGCUGUCUGGUUUGGGUGGUACAGAAGGAAAUCUGGUGUCCUUGUUCCAAGAUGAGCACACUCGCGUGUUGGAUUUACUUCAGAGCUUCAGUUUCUUUCCUGAUAAUCUUCCUACAACAACUGUACGCAAGCCUUUUGACAGGAAGACUCUGGAGAAACAGAACUCAAAGAAACAACAAGGCCCUCCAAACUAUGUGCUACAGACAGAUGAGCACCGAGCGGGGCUUCUGGCAAGAUAUGACCCAGAGAAACUCUACCAAGCUGAAAGAAAUUUUAACGCAGCACAGGACUUGGACGUGUCCGUACUGGAGGGAGACAUAGUGGGUGUCAUCAAGCAGCAAGAUCCCAUGGGCAGCCAGAACCGCUGGCUAAUAGACCAUGGAGUUACAAAAGGCUUUGUGUAUAGCUCCUUCUUAAAGCCCUACAAUCCACGCAGGAGUCAGUCGGAUGUUUCCAUUGAGAGCCAAUCAUCAAAUGAGUCAGGUUACGGUGGCUCCUCUCCCAUGUUCUCACGGCAGAAUAGUAACAGCACUCUGACUUUCAACCAGGAGACAUCGACUGUCAGCUUCACAACGGCGAUGCCUCCACACACUCGCACAAAUCAAGGGACCACUCCGAGAAAAAACAGAGAGGCUUCUUCAACCAACAGUCAGAGGGAUUCCCUCGACCCCACCUUCAGAAGCUCUCCAAGUAAUCAAGAACUGCCUGAGACAGCCUGUCGAAAUAACAGGGAACACUCAGAGCCCUCCUACCGAAAUUCCACCGAUCACAGAGACUCUUUAGACCCUGAUAAAAACACUCCUACCAAUCACAGAGACCCUUCAGACUUCUCUGAGACAGAUUCUUGUCCCUCCAGUAAGAACUCCAGGUAUGAACCAUCUUCGAGGUACCAUGACUCACGUGAUGGUAACAGCUCACAGCAGAGACAAAAUGGAGACCAUUCGAUACAGCAGAGAAGGCCACAGUACAGUCCUGAGGAGUAUAUAGAUCCAGAGCCUGAACCUGAACCUGAGAUAGAUGGACACCAGAUAUAUUACGCUCUCUACUCCUUCAGUGCACGGUGUGCAAAUGAGCUCAGCAUUUCAGCCAAUCAGCGAGUCCGAAUCCUUGAGUUCCAGGACAUGAAUGGCAACCAGGAGUGGUGGCUGGGGGAGGCAGGAGGAAGGAGGGGUUACGUCCCAUCCAACUACAUCCGCAAAUCUGAGUACACAUGAGUUGCACAUUUGAACAAGAACAAUCCCCUACUACCCCAGACCACUACAGGCAAACUCAUUACAGGGAGAACACUACAAAAGGACGUUAUUGUGCCUUAACUAUAGAGGAGAUGCACUGAUGUGGUGAAAUGGUCAUUGCUACUGAUG